UAUUAUUUCAUCUUUAUUAUUAGGCACUGUUUCGUAUUAUUUUCGUACCUUACUAUCUCCAAGUAGUCAGCGGUUUUACACAUGAGAACAGCAUGGCAGACAUUGCGAAUGAUCAAGGGAUAGACAUCUUGACUUUGUAGGCCCAGAAAAAGCAAAAUGUAGCUGAGUAUGUAGAAGCAAUUUAUCCUCGAAGUAUAAAACGAUGGCAACUAACACUAUUUCCGACUUAAGGCAUGAAGUUACCUCCCGAUUACAAGAGAUUGUUGCUUGUGUUGGUGUGUCUCAUGACAGUGACUUAGUGGAGGAGCUUGAAGAAAUUCAAAAGCAUGUGAAUCUCCUUGAUUCAGUGACAAGAAUACCUGAAGAGUUGUUUAAUUUGUUGAGUAGCGCACGAUCACUUUUACAGCAGAAUGAGGAAAGAGCAAGUGUUGUUCGUAGUGGUACUCCUGGUAGGCCAGCUUAUGACAUCAGGAAGGAACAACUUGAGAUGCUUCUAAGAGCUAGAUUUAGUGUCCGAUCUAUUGCAGACCUUUUGCACGUCAGUUCAAGGACCAUAGAACGACGAAUGCAAGAACAUGGCCUCUCAGUACGUGCUUUAUACACCGAAAUGCAGGAUAGUCAGUUGGAUGACAUAGUGAGGGAUAUAAAAAGAGGGAACCCAAGCUGUGGGUCAAAAAUGUUGGCUGGGUACUUUGGUGCAAGGGGUAUAUUUCUGCCUAGACGUCGGAUAAGGGAGUCACUUUCUAGGGUGGACCCUCUUGCAGUUGCUGCAAGACGCUGCAAAGCAAUAAAACGGCGCGUGUAUAAUGUGAGCAGGCCACUUGGUCUCUGGCACUUUGAUGGAAAUCACAAACUUGUGAAGUGGCGUUUUGUUGUCCAUGGCUGUGUGGAUGGCUUCAGUCGAAUCCCAGUUUUUUUAUCAUGCAGCACAAACAACAAAGCUGUUACUGUGUACUCACUUUUUAUCAAAGCGGUACAAGACUGGGGAUUGCCCUCAAGAGUCAGAUGUGAUCAGGGAUCUGAAAAUGUGGAUGUUGUCAAAUAUAUGUUGAGUACUCGAGGAACAGGGAGAGGCUCAGCUCUGGUUGGUAAAAGUGUGCACAAUCAAAGAAUUGAGCGAAUGUGGCGGGACGUGUUUGAAGAUGUUUUGGCAAAUUUCUACGAGUUGUUUUCUCUGAUGGAGGAACUGGGUAUCUUUGACCCUUUAUCUGAGUGUGAUUUAUGGUGCCUUCAUUAUGCAUUCCUUCAUCACAUAAACUAUCGUUUACAUGAAUGGUCUGCUGCCUGGCUGAGACAUCCCUUGUCUACAGCCAACAACAACACACCUCUUCAACUUUGGAUCAAAGGUUCACUGAAUUCUGCAGAAAACAAUACAGACCCGGUUGAUGUUACUGAUGAAUAUGGCAUUGAUUGGAAUGGUCCUGUUCCCCUUGAUGAGGACACUGUGGAAAUUCCACCUACUUCUCAAGCUCUGACAGAUGAGCAAGUUGCUGACCUUGAGUCAAGAACUGAGUUACUUCGAGAGUCUUCAAUAACAGAUGAUAAAAUUAAACUUUACAAACUUGCCAAGGAAUUUCUUGAGCAGCAUUAAGUUGAAGUAACAAUCCACUCUGGAAUGUUUAAAUGAAUGACUUCUUACUGAUACCUGAAUGUGUGUCUCAAACCAAUGGCAGACAUACAUGCAAGAGAGGAGCCUAGGGUACCCAGCUUCACCUUUGAUGUUCAAUCAGUAAUGAUUAUUUUGAUGGUCUGUUGUAUGCCCAUAAAUUAUAGUUACUAUAUGACUUCAGCUCCAUUAGAAAAAUCACAAGUUUCUCCCACCCAUUCAUACAUAAUUUGUUCACACAUGGUUGUUUACUCUGUCCUUAAGGCUGCAUUCAUUAAAAAGCAGGAGGGGGGAGGAAAUUGUAUAGAGUACUGUAUUUUUAACAUCCCCCCUGAAAACGGUACAAAAUUACGCAUCCCCCCUUACCUGCUUGGAAAAAAUUUGUAUCCCCCCCUAACAGCUUCAUGUCAGGAAACUUGAGUCCCAACUUAAUGUUAAAGCAUGCUUUGUUCUUUCACUUUGUAAUCAGUGGCGUAUCUAGGGUCCCUCGUGUGGGGAAAAUCUUUGGGCCUCCACCUUAACCUAAGGCCCAAAGGGCUGGAAAAAAAUUUUGGGCCCUUCCUUAUAAGCUGAUAUGGAUGCACUUUGCAAAAAUCACACUUAAAAAUAUUACCAUUAUUCUGUAUAUAUUUGAUGUCUAAAAAAAUAAACAUCCCCCUGAAAAUUGCUCUGAGAAUUAACAUCCCCCUUCUGGAGUACAGAAAAAGGCUAGACAUAUCCCCCCUCAUUUUCCUCCCCCCCCC